CUCUUAGCGCCGGUAACUGUUACUCAAAAGCUUUUAUCCCCGCGGGAGAUUUGCAUAUAUCUUCUUACAGUAAAGACUGUCCUCGCAAUUCAACACGGCGAGCGGAAAGAAACCGAGGCGUAUACGUAGUGGACCAGCCAGCCAUUCCAGCCGUCGACUGAAAUAAGAUACACACAGUAGCCCCAAAAUCUCGACAGAAAAUCUGCUGCGGGAAGCUUAUACGUCACCCUGUAAUGUCGUCUUGAGGGUUGGCAAGACAAAGUAUGGACUCCAGCUACGCCUACGCACCGCUAAGACCCGAGAACCCUGCCUAUAGCGCCGGCCCUGUGCAGCCCGCCGAGCUAGUGGAAGCCUUACGGACGUGGCAGCUCAGCUCAGCGGAUGCUCCGACCGGCAGGGUCCGCAGAAAAAGCUCGUGCGCCCGCCUCCGUGACGCCUUUGCUAACCAGAAGUUGGAAAGUGUGAGCGAGGAUUCAGAGAUGGACGACAUCGGCCUUCCGUCCGGUUCGUCCUGCCCUCCCCAGUUCGGGGUCCGCUCCUACCUGCACCAGUUCUACGAGGACUGCGCUGGGAUCCGGCGGAACAGCCUGGACUCCCACCCGUACGACAAUCCGUACCUAUCUGAUGAUUUCCGCUACCUGAUCAACCCCAAGCCGAGGAAAUCUACCUACAUCUGGUGGAAGGUGGCGAUGGUGUGUGGGUUCAGUCUGAUAGCGUUUGGAGCCGUGGCUCUCAUGGCCGGCUACCUGGUGCCUCAGCGCCGGGAGCUGGUAGGAUAUCUUGGCGGGGUCCCGGUGGUGGACUCCGCAGCGACAGACUUAAACUACAAACUGGACGCCUGUAAGUUAGCAGGCCUGAUACUGCUAUGUGUAGGGGGCCUGACUGUUGCCUUCUCUCUCCUCGUUCCCAGUUUCCUGCAUGGAUACAUGGAAAAAGAACUGCUGAUGCAGGAAAGCUUCAAGGAGCGUAUCGCCACAGGUGAUAGCAUUGUGGGAACAACCCAGACAGCUGCAGCGGAAGGAAUUCCCCUUACCGAGCAUGAGCGUAUCGCCACAGGUGAUAGCAUUGUGGGACCAACCCAGACAGCUGCAGCGGAGGGAAUUCCCCUUACCGAGCAGGUACAGAACGUCCAGCCCGAGAGGCGAGCCCUGGGCCUGGCCGAGGCCGCAGAACCAACGACAAGCACCUCGGAGUGA